UAAACAAGGAGAAAAACUCUCUCUCAUUCUUGGAAAGAAAAUUACAGAGGAACGAAGAAACACGACGGAGGUCGGGAACGAUGGACGAGGAUUCGCUGAUGGCGAGGCCUUCUUCUUCUUCUUCUUCUUCUUCUUCUAGAAGUGGGGCGAUCAGUUCAGCCAUGGGGUUGUCCAGCUUUGAUUUUCAGGCAUCCAUAGGUAGGGAGUCAAACUCAUUGGCCAGGUCUGCAGAAGCCAUCGACUCGUCGAAUAGAGGAUUUCAGCUUCUCAAGAAACAUGGUUGGAAAGAAGGUACUGGUCUCGGUGUGUUUGAACAGGGUCGAUUGGAACCUGUUGAGGCACAUUUGAAGAAUAAUAAGCGUGGCCUUGGAGCAGAUAGAGGGAAGAAGAAAGUCCACUCUCGUACUGGUCGCUCAGACCAAAACGAUGAAAAUGAACAAAAACCACCGAAGAAGACCAAGGCACUCUCAAAAAAGAUGAGAAAAUUGCAGGAGCAAGAGCAGAGGUUGCAAGAGAAGGAAUUUGAGCGGGCUUUCUUCAGGGAGUUUUGGCCAGACAAUGUGUGAUAGUGAAAUCGCAGGUCCUUAUUUUUUUUUAAUUCUGCCAUCCCCAAAGGCGACGUACAUAAUUGUUCUCACUCUUUAGGCAUUUGUCAUAAUUGCAUAGCCUUUAUUUAGCAGUUGCUAGCCAUGAGCGACGAACCAUCCUGAGAGAGGCAUGUCAUGAUGAGUCCACAUCUUCGGUUACCACAUAAUUUUUCACGUGAUACAGCACUGGGAUUUUCUUUUCUUUUUUUGGGUAACGGGUGGGUCAAUCAUCAUCAAGGUUGUUUCUGUACCCUGCCAUUGUUGUAAUUUUAUUGUUACCUUCACUUUACAGUUGCGAUGACGAGUUACCCUCUUCUUGCGUUCGAGCUUGUAAAGCCUUGUCCUUUGAACUUGUA